GCUGUGACGUGUGUCUGUGUCACCUUCACCGUCCUCAUGGCAGGAGUUAUUAUGAACUGAAGAAGAGCUUCAUCUAUCACACGUAUUUUACUGAAGAGCUUCAGCAGAGCCAUCAGUCUGACGGAGGCACACAUUGAGUUCAUUUUCAUGAGGACUGAGGGCAAUGGGGAACUCCUCGAAGAGAACCCCUCUCAUCAGAAUGAGGUCGCCCCGGCGGACCCUGAACUCCACGGCCAUGUGUCUCCUGUACAGCGGGAGGAACCCAUCUCCACAUAUUUGGAGGAGAAGGUUCCCAUCCCCGAUGAUGACGUCUCAAAGAUAUUUAGCUUUCGUAAACUUUGGGCAUUCACUGGACCAGGCUUUCUAAUGAGCAUUGCCUAUCUGGACCCUGGAAACAUAGAGUCAGAUCUGCAGUCUGGAGCCAAAGCCGGUUACAAGCUGCUCUGGGUGCUCUUGGGGGCGACUAUCAUUGGUCUUUUAUUGCAGCGACUGGCUGCUCGUCUUGGCGUUGUGACCGGGAUGCACCUGGCUGAAGUUUGCAACCAAUAUUAUCCUACAACGCCGCGUAUUAUUUUGUGGCUGAUGGUAGAGCUGGCCAUCAUCGGCUCUGAUAUGCAGGAGGUCAUCGGCUGUGCCAUCGCCCUUAACCUGUUGUCUGUCGGAAGGAUUCCACUGUGGGCCGGAGUGCUGAUAACCAUCGUUGACACAUUUGUGUUCCUGUUUUUGGACAAAUACGGCCUAAGGAAACUUGAGGCUUUCUUUGGGUUCCUCAUAACUGUUAUGGCUCUCAGCUUUGGCUAUGAGUAUGUGCGGGUGGGUCCAGACCAGGGCGAGGUUCUGAAGGGCAUGUUUGUGCCGUACUGUAGCGGCUGUGGGCCUGUGCAGCUUCAACAAGCUGUUGGCAUAGUUGGAGCAGUUAUCAUGCCUCAUAACAUCUAUCUGCACUCUGCUCUUGUAAAGUCACGGGAAAUUAACCGAGCCAACAAGAAAGAGGUGAAGGAAGCUAACAAGUACUUCUUCAUUGAGUCCUCGAUCGCUCUCUUUAUCUCGUUUCUCAUCAAUGUUUUUGUGGUGGCCGUCUUCGCUGAGGCUUUUUAUGGAAAGACCAACAUGCAAGUGAGUCAGACAUGUAAUGAAACAGGAAGCCCUCACACUGAUCUCUUCCCAGUCAACAACGAAACACUUCAAGUCGACAUCUACAAAGGGGGUAUAGUCCUGGGCUGUUUUUUUGGCCCAGUUGCACUGUAUAUUUGGGCCAUUGGGAUCCUUGCAGCUGGACAGAGUUCAACCAUGACAGGAACGUACUCUGGUCAGUUUGUCAUGGAGGGUUUUCUAAACCUCCGCUGGUCUCGAUUUGCUCGGGUGUUGUUGACACGCUCCAUUGCUAUCUUGCCUACUCUUCUGGUUGCCGUCUUUGAGGACAUCCAGCAUUUAACUGGCAUGAAUGAUUUCCUCAAUGUCCUACAGAGCAUGCAGUUGCCAUUUGCUCUGAUCCCGAUUCUUACCUUCACCAGUCUGAAGUCACUAAUGAAUGAUUUCGCCAAUGGAAUUUUGUGGAAGAUUGGUGGUGGUCUGCUCAUCCUGGUGGUGUGUGCUAUCAACAUGUACUUUGUGGUGGUGUAUGUGACCGCACUGAACAGCACCAUCCUCUACAUCUUCUCUGCAUUCCUCUCCAUCGCCUAUCUGAGCUUUGUUUUCUACCUGGUUUGGCAUUGUUUGAUUGUGCUCGGUGCGUCCUUUCUGGACGUCUGCAGCUGCUUUCAGCCCCCACCAGCCAUUCUCGUUGAAGAACAAGAGUUUGAAACGUGAUUUCAGUGAUAUUUCUUAAAUUAUGCUUUCUUUGAAUGUGAGGAACCACCUUGAUACAAACGCAAUACAGUCAAACUUGUUUAGUUUGUUCUUUUCUCUGUUUUCUGGGUAUUGUCAUAUUGCAACCCAAUAUCACAACAUUAACAUUAACAACACCAUGUUUAUUGAUUUAUUUUAAUCAGACGUCAUAUUUUGUGUAUGUUCAUUAUUUCGUACGCAAAAUUUCAACAUGUUUGAGCACGUAACCAAACCCCACCCCUAAAUAGUUUGUAUAUUAUACAAUAUAAAACACAACACGUAACAGGAAGAUGUGCUGUUUUUUCAAAAAGUGCAAUUAUUCCAAGCGUUCCUAGGCUGAAGAUCAGACCCUUUUCCGUCCGCCACACAAAAAGAUUAGAUUACAGUGUAGUGUGUACAAUCAAAAUGUGAAAUCACAGAGAAACUUAAUAAUUAAACCAUAUGAAAGAUUUAGAUCAAAUUGAUUAAUCUGAUUAGUUAUGUCGGCUCCAGUGUUCAAGUCCCUGCUUGUGGUCCUUCCCAGUCUCCUGUUCCCCUCUCUCUCAUCCUGCAAUUUCUUCUCUCUCUCUCUCUCUACUGUACUGUCAAGACAAAAACUUACAGUAUGAAGACCAAAAAAAUUAUAAUAAACUGAUGAAGCAUUAGUUCAGAUAAUGUUGUUUAAUACACUUGUGUUUUUAUUAACUGUAGGUUGUUAUAUUGUUGACUUGAACUUUUUUAAUCCAAAAUAACUGAAUACUUUUUUCAUUUGUAAACCAAAAUACUUGAAUCAAAGAAAAAUUGUGAGCAUUUAUUUUAUUAAAGUGCUUUCCACAUUGGAACCCUAUUUGUAUGUUCUUUUUCGGACUCCUUCUAGUUGAUUGGCCCAACUCCGCUCUAAAACCAUUCUGGUGACAAAAUACAUUGACUUACGGUUCUGUUUACCUCUAUACAAGAAGAUAUUGUGUUAUGAUGACGCUGUGAUGUUUUAGAGUAAGCCAAUGAAAUGUUUGGGUGCCAACCACUUUGACUGGUUUAAAGUAUAUCUACUGAACGGGAUGUAACUGUCAUGUUUUCCGUGAGGAAGAACCCAAGCGCAGGCAGCAGUGGUGAUGAAGGGGUUAACAAAAGACUUUAAUAAUCAAACAAAACAAAAACCCACAAUGGGGUGCAACACAGACUGGACUAAUUGUAAAACAAUGCAAAACAAAGACUUCCGCAAGGGGGAAAAAACAACAAAGACAGGAUAACUAAACUUACACGACGUACACAGGACUGAGGAACAAGACAUCAAGGUACAAUCCAAAACAAGACAAGGUUUUCUUUGCUAGGCAAAAGAACGCACACGAAACAUGAAACAUAUUUCAUGAAUCAAUGAAACAUAUUUCAUGAAUCAAUGAAACAUAUUUCAUGAAACAUGAGUACUUUUUAAAGGGAACAGAAACGAGGGAUAAUAACACAGGGCAGGUGAGGUUAAAGAAACACGGCCGGGGAAGUAAUACGGGAAAUGAGAGGGGCGGGGCCAAUGACGAGACACAGGAAAACACAUGGAGUGUCAAAAGAUAAACACCACAUGGCUUUCUCACACUAAACAUAAGGGAUCUGUCACGAUCCUACCACAAGACUAGAAAAUCCUGAACAAGAAGGCAGGACCAUGACAGUAACGACAUAUAGAGAAUGCACAUACAAUUAUGUCUCAUUACAAAUAUAGGAAGUGUUCAAACUAAAAAUGUCAUAACUUGUCUUUGUAGGGGUGAACAGGGUACAAACUUGCGCAGGGUUAAUUGUAACACAGACCUUUACAUAGGUACAGGGGCGCAAAAAUGGGGUAUGCAGUAUAUGCGGUGCAUAGGGGCGCUACACAAGUGGGGGCGCCAUUGUGCCAAAAUAGUAUUUAACGUUUUUUUAAUAAAACGUUAUAAAAAAUAUAACGAAAAAGUCAUUAUCUAAAACGUUUUAGUUUCACUUUUGUCUAGCAUUUUAAACGAGUUCAAUAAAUAUAUAAUUUAUUUAAUCAAGUUAUUAUGUCAACCAAUCAUUCUUUCACAGUCAAAUGACCAAAUGGAUCGAGCAAAGAAACUUCCCAAAGCACAGCGCAGAACAGAACAUGAAAAUGAAAAGUAAAUUGACAAGUAAAAAACAAGUUAUUUAACGUUGCCUGUGAGGUAGUUCAUAUUAUAAUACAAUAUCAGGUCACCUCUAGGCCUACAUCUUUGGAGCUUAUAAAAUAAAUCUAUGUUUGUGAAGGAGCUUUAUAAUUACAUUCGGGAGAGUCUGAGACGGUUGUUAAAGCUGUUAAGUCUCCCACUAUCACGCAUUAUCGGGUUCUUCAUUAAUCGUCGGACGCGUUUUCCCCAUAUGACAACGCGAGCUGUGCAGUUUGAACGUCAGGUCCAUGUCCUUCACAUAACAUGAGCAGUUGCGUCUUCUGCAAACAGUGCGUAGCACAGAGCACCGUGAAAAAAAGUUAACAUGUUAAUGUGCCUGUCGACGCUAUUUUGUUUGCCUUUUAACAGUUUAGUUAUAACAUUAAAUUUUGCUAUUUCUGUCAGGUCACCGUUUAUAACGUUAUCCAGAUUGUUUCAGUAUGUUCAUAUUUUAGCUACAACGUGUGUAUUUGGUUGGCCAACGUUUUUCUUUUGGUUCUUAUCCGCACAUGUCCAUGAACGUUAAGUUACACGUUUUUGUUGCUAACGAAAAGUUAUCUCUGAUGUAUUAAGGUAAUACGUUACUAAAAAUUCUACUUAAAGUUAUAUACAAGUGAUUUUUCUCUCUAUCUAUAACGUUAGUGGUAACUUAAACUGUUUAGAAGGCGAGGUCAAUAGCAGAUGUUAAUUGAUGUGAACAGUGGCAUUGUAUCGACUCAUUUUCUAUGACUUUCUAAAAGUUCUUAUGCUCUGUUUUCACAGGUUUUUGCAAAGAUGCAGUGGAAAUAUAAGUUUUGUUAAUAUAUAUGUGACAAACGGGGUUACCUAUUAAAACAUUAUAGGUUAAAACAUGGAAGCUACAGCAGAACUGUUCCAUUUCCUUGGCUACAUCAAGAUUGUUUGUGCACAUUUAACUCCAUUAAUGCACUUAAGGUCCACUUGUCUAAGAUUGUCAUGACAGAAACACAAACAACGGCCCAGA